AUUACACCGUCGUUGUCCUUUUAUCGCCAUGCGUGGAUCCCUAUCUGUUCUCUCACCGAGCCACACAGAUGCACGAACCUCCAUUCCCAUAAACCCAAGAUCCUAUUCCUGCUUUUCAAAAGUUGGAAAAUUGAAAAUUUAAACCCUGAGAUUCGAAACCGGCGGUUCGAUUCCGAUUUGAUAUAUUCAUUUACAAUGCUUUGACCUUUCAGUUUCAGUAGUCGGAAUUCAAAAUUUAUCUCUAACAGAUUUCUCGCUGAGUUUGGGGAGGCUCAACUAUGGGUCUCUGCACCUCCAAACCCUCCCCAAACCCUACCACUUCAGCGUCUCCUGUGUCCGACACUAGAAUCUCCGCUGUUCGAGCUAAUGCUAACUCUAUCCUGCCCAAGGAUGUGCCUAAACCAGAUUCGGUCGCCGGAAAUGGAGGGCAAAACUCUAACAUUGAGGAUCGCAGCCGGGAAGAGAUGGAGAAAACUGGAAAGGAUGAGAAGACGGUGUUAGAGUGUGUUAAGAAGUCGCCGUUUUUUCCGUUUUAUAGUCCCAGUCCUGCGCAUUACUUCUUCUCUAAGAAGUCGUCGCCGGCGAGGUCUCCGGCUACAAAUACUGCCAGCGCGAACUCCACUCCUAAGCGUUUCUUCAAGAGGCCGUUCCCCCCGCCGUCUCCUGCAAAGCAUAUACGUGCUGUUCUUGCGCGGCGGCAUGGCUCGGUUAAGCCGAACGAGGCGGCUAUUCCGGAGGGCAGCGAGACUGAGUUGGCCGGGCUUGAUAAGAGCUUUGGAUUCUCCAAGCAUUUUGGAAGCAAGUAUGAGUUAGGAGACGAGGUUGGGAGAGGACAUUUUGGGUAUACUUGUCAGGCCAAGUUUAAGAAGGGCGAGCUUAAAGGGCAGCAGGUUGCCGUCAAAAUCAUCCCGAAAGCGAAGAUGACUACAGCUAUUGCCAUCGAAGAUGUGAGAAGAGAGGUCAAGAUAUUACGAGCAUUAACUGGACAUAACAAUCUAGUACAAUUUUAUGAUGCAUAUGAAGACCAUGAUAACGUCUACAUUGUGAUGGAGUUGUGUGAAGGAGGGGAACUCCUGGAUAGAAUACUUUCAAGAGGUGGGAAAUAUAUGGAGGAUGAUGCAAAAGCUGUUCUAAUACAGAUAUUAAAUGUUGCUGCAUUUUGCCACCUUCAGGGUGUGGUGCACCGGGAUCUUAAACCUGAGAAUUUCCUCUUCACAUCGAAGGAUGAGAACUCUCAAUUGAAGGCCAUAGAUUUUGGCUUGUCGGAUUUUGUUAGGCCAGAUGAAAGACUGAAUGACAUUGUUGGUAGUGCAUACUACGUUGCACCUGAGGUUCUGCAUAGAUCUUAUGGUACAGAAGCUGAUGUCUGGAGUAUAGGUGUGAUUGCAUAUAUUCUUUUGUGUGGCAGCCGUCCUUUUUGGGCCCGGACUGAAUCUGGAAUUUUUCGGGCUGUUCUAAAAGCUGAUCCAGGUUUUGAUGAGGUGCCUUGGCCUUCUCUAUCUUGUGAGGCAAAAGACUUUGUCAAGCGACUAUUGAAUAAAGACCAAAGAAAAAGAUUGACUGCAGCCCAAGCCCUAUGUCAUCCCUGGAUUAGAAGUUCUACUGAUGUUAGAGUCCCUUUGGAUAUUCUUAUAUUCAAACUCAUGAAAGCUUAUAUGCGUUCAUCAUCUCUUCGGAAGGCUGCUUUAAGGGCUCUAUCUAAAACAUUGACAGUUGAUGAUCUAUUUUAUUUGAAGGAGCAGUAUACACUGUUGGAGCCUAACAAAAAUGGCACUAUAAGCUUAGAAAAUAUCAAAGCGGCCUUGAUGAAAAAUGCCACUGAUGCUAUGAGGGAGUCACGCAUCCCUGAUUUUGUAGCCUCUCUUAAUGCACUUCAAUACAGAAGGAUGGAUUUUGAGGAAUUCUGCGCAGCUGCAUUAAGUGUCCAUCAGUUAGAGGCUACUGAUAGAUGGGAGCAACAUGCUCGUUGUGCCUAUGAACUUUUUGAGAAGGAUGGAAACAGGGCCAUUAUGAUUGAGGAACUGGCAUCGGAACUUGGCCUUAGUCCUUCUGUCCCUGUACAUGCUGUUCUCCAUGAUUGGAUCAGGCACACUGACGGAAAGUUGAGCUUCCUUGGGUUUGUCAAAUUAUUACAUGGCGUGUCUAGCAGAACCCUUGCAAAAGCCCAGUAGAAAUUUCUAAGCUGAUAGAAGCUCCAAAAGACGGGUGGAUGUCCACAAGCUGUGUAUUGGCCAAUAAAAAACAGAGUGGGGCACGUUUAGGACGAUUCUCUCGCCUGAAUAUGAAAAGAAAAAGCUACAAGUUGCUGCUACGGAAAUCAUGAUCCUGGAAAUGGAGUUUGGACAGGUUUCCCCUGUGGCACAAUCUUGUGUACGUCAAGGAUAAAAUUGUGAGACUUGUGGUUGAACCACUUGUCGCAACGAAGGCUUCAGGCGUAUAUUAUUUUUCACUGUAAAGCUGUGUAGUUACGUGUGUUUAGAUGCAGGUGAUUUAACCUCUCAAAACUGGCGGACGCUUGAUGUUCUUACAUAACCACUAGGCAUGAUUGAGUUGUUUCA